AUGGGUGAUUUCGAUUGGCGAUACGCUGAAACAGCUGCCAAAAUCACUGAACAACAAAUGCUAUUGGCACGAAAAUAUGGUGACCCUUCAAUUUUAGCGCGAUGCUAUUUGUAUUCGGCGUUGGCGGAUGCACAAUUGGGUGAAAUGGCGAGAGCUGAGCGAAUGGUGCGAGCGAUUUAUUAUUGGGCCACUCAGGUUUCGCCGUGUUUUUUGGUGGAGAAAUGUGCACAAGGAACAUUUAAGAAAUUGGUGGCGAUGAAAAAAUUUGGUGUGAAAAAUGGCAUUUCUGGUGAUGAUGAGAAAUAA